ACGCGUCGGUCUCUUUGAUCUUCUCUGUUCUAAAGCGCGACUGUUGUUACUUUCAAGUCGCGCCGAUCGUCACAGCAUAAAGAACUUUUCCUCUGACCCGCGAGUCUCAAACGCUCUUCUGAGCGCGGAAAACAGCGACGACAACAAUCAAAAGUACAUUUAUAAAGUUCGCUCGAAUAUGCCGCAGCUGAACGGUGGAGGGGGAGAUGAUCUCGGGGCGAAUGAUGAGAUGAUCCCGUUUAAAGAUGAAGAAGAUCACGAGAAGAUCCGAGAGAGCGCGUUCACGGAGAGCGACCUGGCUGAUCUCAAAUCAUCUCUGGUCAAUGAAUCCGAGAUCAGCCAGAACUCAAACUCUGCCGUGAUCAGAAGAGGACAGCAGGAAGAUCAGAGAAUCUACACCGAUAAACGAGAACAUCUGGACGACGUGCCCAAACAUCAAGAUGGUGGGAUGUAUAAAGCGUCGUAUUCUGGAUACCCGUUCCUGAUGCUGCCCGAGCCGUAUCUACCGAACGGACCCGUCUCCCCAUCUUCCAACAAAGUGUCGGUGGUCCAGCAGGGGAUGCAUCCUCUGACGCCGCUGCUACCCUACGAUCACUUCAACCCCAGUCCUCCACACAUUCCCACAGACGUCAGCCAGAAACCAGGUGUUCACAGGCAUCAGUCACAGGAAAUCUCCGGUUUCUACUCGCUGCCUCAAGGCCAGAUCACUCCGUCCAUGAACUGGCCCAAUCAGCCUGUCUAUCCUCUGCCCUCCUGCGGCUUCAGACAGUCCUUCUCCUCCGGCCUCCAGAGCAGCUCCUCCUUCCCCAGGUUCUCUCAUUCUCUGAUGCUUCAGUCCGGCAUGCACCCUACAGGCAUCCCGCACCCCGCGAUAGUGCCUCCCUCCGGCAAACAGGAGCACGACCAGUUCGACAGGAACAUUUACACAAGUUCUAGAGCAAAUGAUCUUCUGUUUGGUCCUGUGAGAUCUGGAAUUGUCUUCAAGUCUCAUGCAGAGAUGAAGCGCGAGAAGGAGCCCAAGAAGCCGGUGAUCAAGAAGCCGCUGAACGCGUUCAUGCUCUACAUGAAGGAGAUGCGGGCCAAAGUCAUCGCUGAGUGCACGCUGAAGGAGAGCGCCGCCAUCAACCAGAUCCUGGGCCGACGGUGGCACGCUCUGACCCGUGAGGAACAGGCCAAGUACUAUGAACUGGCGCGGAAGGAGCGACAGCUUCACAUGCAGCUUUAUCCCAGCUGGUCGGCCCGCGACAACUACGGCAAAAAGAAGCGAAGGAAACGAGACAAGCAGCAGGACUCUGGCACAGACCCCGGCUCGCCAAAGAAAUGCCGCGCUCGCUUUGGCCUCAACCAACAGACGGACUGGUGCGGCCCCUGCAGGAGGAAAAAGAAGUGCAUUCGCUACCUUCAAAGAGGACGCUGCGCCAGCCCCCAUUCUUCCGAUGGAAGUGCUAUAGACUCCCCCCCUUCACCUGUCAAUCACCCACCAAACCCCGCCUCCCCCACCAGCAGUCCCCUCCCUCAGAGCACCAAACGCUCCGCCCAUCCACCCAGACUCUCGCUCGACUUCAGCAGAAUUAAAACAGAGAGCCACAAUAACCCAGACUGACGGCUCGAUCGCCGCGGAGACCGAUCUCACGUUCUUCAAGUUCUCUUCAGUUUCCUCAGCCUAAAAAAACAAACAAGUUCACAUGGGGCGUCCUCGCAUCUUUUAGGAAGUCAUGGAAUUAGAUUUCUGUGUGGAUGAAUCUCAUGAAGAAUCCCCAUUUUCAUUCAUUUUAAUGACAGUUAAGCAUAUUGUUUUCAUUACCAAUAACGCAAAAAAGAUAAUUUUUGUUACUGUAGUUUGGAAAAUAUGUGUAUUUAUAUAUAAACAGGGAUACACAUAACACACAUAAACGGGGUUCAACAUUUACAGUUUUAUAUCCCCAUACAGUUAAGAAGUUAAGGAACAUUACACGAGCAAGAGUGCUGUUUUCCCAAAUAUCAGCACGAUUGCGAAUGUUCGAUUCAGCAAACAAGAAUUUUAUAUUAAAUGAAUUACAUUUUAGACACAGUAUUGCCAGUUUUUUCUCCAUUUUGCCAACAAAAGCAGUUCCAAACAAAGCCACAGCAGAACUGUAGCGAUUCUCUGAGCAUCUUUGAUCUGUUGAGCGAACAAUUCAAUGACUCACUCGAUUUCUCUUUCUUGACUGAAUCAACAGUUUGAACGAAUCUUUUGAAUGAAUGACUCAAGACCGUCACAGACUGGUAGUUUAGUUUCAUAUUUAUAUAACAGUCUGUGCAUCUAAAUGCAGUGAAAUUGGGCUGAUACUGAUUUUAUUUGUGUGGUAGCAGCAGUUUAGUCACAUUUACAGUAGUGGAAAUGAUUAUUAUUUUUUUGUGUGUGCAUUACAGUAAUGUGAAUUUUGGGGGAGAUGUGCUUAGCUGUCAACACAAUCCCAAAACUCUGAAUGGUCUUAAGAACUUCUGGAUGUUUCUUCAUGAGAUUCAGCCACUGUGUGUGGAGAUAAAUGAUGGUGUAUAUGCCAUGUCUUUACAGUUCUCACGGUAACUCUUGUACAAUCAAAUAAGUGUUGUUAAACUUCAUCUUUUAUAGACUGAAAGGCCAUAAAUAACUAAACUUUUAUAUGUUUUUAUGUAAAGAGAAAAAAAAAGAAAAACAUUCCUUGGCUGUUUACUUUUAAUGAUACAAGUUCCAUUUUGAAUAGCUUUCGUUGUGUAGAUCUGAAGUAGUCAGCUAUGCCUGUCAUCCAUCCGAACGCCGCAGUAUGAAAUGAAGUAUGUUUAUGUAUGUGUGUGUGAGCGUGUGUGCUUUCUAGUAGUCAUUCGGUGUUGACUCAGGUCUGUUCUGAGGCGAUCGUGUCAUCUGCGACCUCCUGCCGCACAUCUUCAGUGUUAACAUAUAGCAAGUCAUCGCUCUUUCUUUUGCUUUUGAUGUAAUGAUAAUCAUUCUCUAGAUUUAUUAAAAUAUUUUGAAAAA